AAACAACACAAACAUAAAAUAAGAUAAGAUCUCUAAUGGCUUCCAAAACUCCUGUCUACGCAUUCCUCAUUUGCGUUGUCCAGUUUCUUCAUUUGUCUGCAGCCCAAAAUGUGAAGGGUGGCUAUUGGUUUCCUGAUAGCGGUAUAGCAGCUUCCGAUAUCGACUCCACUCUAUUCACUCACCUCUUCUGCGCAUUCAGUGACCUUGAUAACGUUACCUACCAAGUCACCAUUUCUUCAGCAAACGCUGCCCAAUUCUCCCAGUUCACCAAUACUGUCCAAAGCAAAAACCCUUCUGUUAAAACCCUUUUAUCAAUAGGAGGUGGAUCUUCCAAUGAUGCUGACUUUGCCAAGAUGGCUAGCACCUCUGCUUCUCGAAAAUCCUUCAUUGAUUCCUCCUUACAACUGGCAAGAUCAAAUAAUUUCCACGGCCUAGACCUCGAUUAUGAGUACCCCUUAACAGCCAAUGAUAUGGUCAACUUGGGCACGUUGCUAGACGAGUGGCGCGCGGCUGCAGACGCAGAGGCUCAAGCCUCUGGCAAGCCAAGAAUUCUAUUAACUGCAGCUGUUUCUGUUGGGCCAACCGUUGAUGGAUUGAGAUAUCCUACCCAAUCGAUAUCACGAAGCCUGGACUGGAUCAAUGUGAUGGCCUAUGACUUUUAUGGUCCAUGGACACCUUCCAUGACCAAUGCUCAUGCUGCAUUAUAUGAUCCUAGUGGCAGAGUUAGCGGCAGCUCAGGCAUCGAGUCCUGGAUCCAAGCUGGUGUGAGCGCAAACAAGCUGGUGUUUGGUCUGCCAUUCUACGGACGUUCAUGGCAGCUUGUGAAUCCUGAUAACCAUGGAUUGAUGGCUCCAGCAAAUGGACCUCCGGAAGGUUCUGGUGAGGGAGCCAGAGGAUACAAUCAGAUAUUGGAAUUUAUUGCAAACAACAAUGCUCCAACGAUUUAUAACUCAACGAUUGUUGCGGACUAUUGUUACUCAGGGACGACAUGGAUCGGAUAUGAUGAUAAGCAGAGCAUUUCAACAAAGGUUUCGUAUGCUAAACAGAAGGGCUUGCUUGGUUACUUUGCAUGGCAAGUUGCAUCUGAUGCCAAUUGGGCUCUUUCUCAGCAAGCUAAACAGGCAUGGGAAGAAUGAAAGGCAACAUGGUCAGUAACAAACCGAAGAUCAGCACAAGAAAAGUUGACUACAAAUUAAGAUCAGUAACUUUGUAAUAAAACUUGUAAGAGCAGUUGUGAUGUGUAAUUUAAAUAUAAAUAAGCUCAUGAAGAAGAGAAUAACAUGAUUGGCUAUUUAUGACCA